AACAAAGAAGAAGAAGAAAUUAACCUAACAUUUGUGUUAUAGCAAAAUAAUGUCUUUUUUGGCACUUUGUACGAAAAAUUUAUUAAAUAAAAAUGUUUCAUUAAACACAAGAAAUUUAUUUUUGUCUUCAAAGCUGCAAAUUAAGGAAAUUAAGGAGUCCCAAAAUGGCAAAGAACUAAUAAUUUCUGGGGAAAUCAAACCAUCUGCGAGAGAACCCUACUUGUUAAAAACUAGUCAUCCACAUGCUUGUCCUCUGUGUGCGUCUAAUUUGGAUGUCAAGCAUACAGAUAUUCGCAUUGUUAGUCAGUUCGUACGAUCUGAUGGAUGCAUGCUACCUAGACGAAUAACUGGUUUAUGUAAAAAACAACAAAAACGCAUGUCAUCUUUGGUAACAAUGGCACAGAAAGCUGGGUUGAUGCCCAAUUUGAACCCUGCAAAUAGUAAAAAGGAUCCAAAGACGAGGUAUGAAUGGAAGAAAUUUAAUAAAUAUUUCGAUGAAACCACCAUUAAAUGGUAAAUUUUACUAGUUAUUUUUGUUUUUUUUCCUGUAAAGGCUUGAAGUGCUAGUUGUAACACUUUGGAGAGGGUUAUUUAAAAAAAUGAGCUAAAAAUUUAAUCAAUAUAUUCAUAUGAUUUAUUUCUUA